AUGGAGCCGGAGGACCUACCGUGGCCCGGCGAGCUGGAGGAGGAGGAGGAGGUGGAGAACGCGUUCCCGGCGGCGACCGAGGAGACCGUGGAGGCCCGGACCUCUGAAGAGACUGUGAAAGUGGAAGAGGUAGACUUUGAAGAGGCGGGGCCCGAGGUGGAUUUGGAUUUUAACUGCGAGUCCCAAACGCGGGAAAGCACGGACGAAGAGGAGGACGAGAUGGCUAAGGCCUGGCUGCAGGCGCACCCUGCCCAACCUGGCAGGGCUUUCCCUCCGCCCCCGCCCCCGCGGUACCUGUACGCUCCGGUGGAGCAUCUGAGCGAGACUGAGGUUGUUUCACUGACGUGCCAUGGGUGGCAGCAGUCAUCGUAUCAAGACAAUUCUAGAGCACAGCUUUCCAACUCUGGUGUAGUGUCAUUGGAAACAACAGUCCAGUGGUGUCCCGGGGAGGAACAGAGAGCAGAAUCUUGGCAUCAUCUUCCUCAAGAAAGGGACUCUUCCCAAACCUUGGAUACGCCCCAGACUGAGAUUGACGUGAGAAGAGAAGGAAUGAAAGUAAUAGACUUCCCCUCUCUGGAGAAAAGUGAAUUGGCUCAGUCAGAACGUCCAGUCAUGAAACCAAAGCUAAAUCUCUUGUGUUCUCCAUUGCUAGUCAUCCAGGAUAAUUUUGCUACUCCUGAUUUGCCUUUGCUGACAUGUUUGACACAAGACCAGGAAUUUGAGCCUGAUUCUUUGCUCCAACAAAGUGAACUAGAAUUUGCACCUUUGAGAGAGAUUCCUGAUAAGUCGGAAGAUACUGAAUGGCUUUCUCGGCCGUCAGAAGUUAGAGAAGCUUUAUUCCAGGCCACCUCAGAAACAUCUUCAGACUUAGUUAACAGUUGCCUUAGUAUAUCUCAACAUCCACUUACAGAUGGCCUACAGGAGAAGGCUGAGUCUGGCAUUGUUACUCUGCAUGGUGAUGAUGAGUACUCCAGCCUAUAUAAAACUGCUGGUGUACACAGUGAAAGAAUUUCUGAACUGCAAAGAGAGGUAGACCAUUCUAAUUUGGACAUUAGCCAGCCUUUUCCAUCUCCAUUAUCUUCAUAUGUUCCUCAAGAACCAACCAGUGAGUCAAAAUAUCUUUCUCCCAAUCUCAGAAUGUUGAGGGUAUCUCUUGACACUCAACCAACAGCUCUUACACGGUCAACAGGAGACACUUCUAAAGGAGGCAAAGUUGCAAUUACUCAAUCCAAGUUGAAACCAGAUAUCACUAACACUCUUGGAGAGUCAGACAUCAGAACACACUCAUCUUUGUCCCUUGAGGAUUUGUCUCAGUUUGCUGUUGUACCUGAAGGCCGUCUAUCUGAAGAGGCUUCCCAAACUUCACCUCAUCUUGGAUUAGUUACCCCAAGUAUUGGGAAAUCACCUGCAAUCCCUACUUCCUAUUCACAAAGAGAGAAGCCUGGUAUUUUCUAUCAACAAGUCCUAACAGGUGGUCAUUUACCUGAAGACAUUAUGAAAACUUCAGCUGCUCCAAGGCCUACUGACCAGAAGUUUGAUAGUCCAGCUUCACUCCCUACUUCCUACACACAUGAAGGACCUAAUGUUUUCUACCAACAAAUGGCAAAGAGUCAUUUAAGUGAAGAGACUGUGCGAGGUUCAGCUCUUCCUGGACCAGCUACCCAGAAUGUUGGGAUAACUGUACCACCCUUUCCUUCUCUGUCGCAUGGAGAAAAGUCUCAUACUUUGUAUUACCAGGCUUUGCCAGAAAGUUAUUUGAGCCAUCAGCCUUGGAAAGUUUCUGUUGCUCCUGGGCCUGUUGAUCAGAAGACUGGAGCAGCAGUAGGCCCUUCCACAGAUAGGUAUUUUACUGAAGAGACUUGGAAAGUGUCAUCUGCUCCUAGGCCAGCUGCUCAGAAGCCGGAGAUGUCAACGGUACACUCUAGUCCCUACUCAAAGGGAAUAAAACCUGCUAUUUUCUAUCAGUAUCCUCUGUUAGAAAGUUAUCCAGACAAAGAGCCUCUGGAUGGUUCAGCUGUUUCUGGAUCAGCUGAGAAGAUUCGGUCUCCAACAGUAACCUCUGCUUCCCAGCCACAUAAAGAGAUAGCUAAAGCUUUCUACCAGCAGACAUUGUCAGACAGUCAUCUAACUGAAGAAGCAUUGCCCAUUUCUGUUAUUCCUGGCCGAGGUGACCAGAAGACUCCUUUACUAUCAGAAUUACCUUUUUCCUAUUCUCACAGAGCAAAGAACCUGCCUGAAGGAAUGAAAGUUUCCAUUGAGUCUGGAUCUGCUGAUGAGAAGACUGACAUUCCAACAGUGUCUUCUAGUUCCUACCAGCAUCAAAAGAAACCUACUGUUCCUUACUACCAAGAGUUGCCAGACAGUCAUGUACCUGCAGGGACUCAGAAAGUUUCAUUUGUAUCUGGACCAGUUGACCAGAAGUCUGGAAUUUCUCACCCAUAUGUUGAGAUUCCCUGUGUUUUCUAUCAACAGGAGUUGCCAGAUAGUCAUUCAACAGAAAAAUCUACAAAAACAUUUAUCCUGAGGCCAGCUGUACAGAAGACUGAUCUGUCAACAGUAUCCCCUACUUCUCCAUCACUUGCAGAAAAGCCUGUUUUGCCCUACCAGCCAACACCUCCAGCUAGUCAGCUCUCUGGAAUAUCAACUAUAACCUCUUCCUCCUACUCAUAUCAAGAGAGGCUCAAUAUCUCUCAUCAGCAAAAGUUUCCGGACAGCUACCUAACUGAAGAGGCCCGGAAAGUCUUGGGUACCACUGGAUCAGUAGACCAGAAGACAGGGACCCCAACAAUGUCAUUGCCUUCUAUUUAUUCACAAAAAGAGGGGCUUGGUAUUUUCUAUCAACCAGCCCUGGCAGGUCCUCUUUAUCAAGAGACUCUACAAACUUCAGCUACUCUACAAACUACAGCUACUACUAGUACAGUUGACCAAAGCAUUGCUAUGCCAACUGUAACCUGUACUUCCUUCUUACAAAGAGAGAAGCCUCAUAUUUUUUACCAGCAGGCUCCGCUGGGUGGUCAUUUGCCUGGAGAGUCUCUGAAGGUUUCACCUGCUCCUGCACCACCUGACCAGAACACUGGGGCACCAGCAGUGUCUCCUAGUUCUUACUUCCCUGGAGAGGAGUCCAUUAUUUUUUACCAACCUGGCUUGUCAGGUAACCCUCUGUCUGCAGAGUGUUUCAAAGUUCCAGGGAUUUCUGGAUUGACUGAACAGAAGACUAGCACACCAGCAGGACCAUCAGGUUCCUAUCCAGUUAGAGAGAAAUCCAAUAUUUUUUACCAACAGACCUUGCCAGAUGGUCAUUUUCCUAAAGAAGCUUCAGAUGUUUUAACUUCUGGACCAGUUGACCUGAAGACUGGGGAGCCACCAGUAAAUUCGACUCCCUAUUCUUUUGGAGAAAAGCCCAUUAUUUUCUAUCAGCAGGCCUUUUCAGAUAGUCAGUUAACUAAAAAAGACUGCAAAGUAUUAGUUGUUUCUGGGCCAGCUGACCAGAAGGAUGGGCUUAUCACCUCUUCUUUAUACUCAAAUCUAGAGAAUACCAUUGUUUCUUACCACCAAGAGUUGCCAGAUAGGCCUCUAACUGAAAACUCUGGGAAAGUUUCAGUUGUUCCUGGACCAACUGACCAGAAGACUGGGAUAUCAACAGUGCCUUCUACUUCCCACUCAAAAAUAGAGAGGCCUACUGCUUCUUACCAGCAAGAGUUUCCAGAUCUUAGUGAAAAAGCUUUGGAAGUUUUAGGUGAUACUGAACCUAUUGAACAGAAAACUGAAGUACAAGUAGUGCCCUCUACUCCCUUAUACAGUGAGACGCCUAAUGUUUCUUAUCAGCAGGAAUUGCCAGAUCUUACUGAAGAAGCUUUGCAAAUUUUAGCUGAUUCUGGAGCAGUGCCUUCUGUCCCUAACUCAAAGGAUGCAACGCCCCUCAUCUCUUACCAGCAAGAGUCACCAGAUCUUACUGAAAUAUCUUUGAAAGCAGUAGGACCUGGCUCUACUGAUCAGAAGACUCGGGCACGAAUAGUUUCCUUCUCAAGUAGAGAGAAGCUCAGUGAUUUUCAUGAACAGGAAUUGCCAAGUACUGGUGAGGAUGCGUUAGGUGUCCAAAAGGUUGGGAAAACAACAGAACCUUUAAAUUUAAAACAGAGAGAGGCCAGUGUUUUCUCUCCACAGGAGUUGCCAGUCAACCAUCUCACAGAAGAGGGCCUGAAAGUGUCAGCUGGUUCUACACUUACAGCACAGACACCAGGGACUCCAACAGGGCCUUCUAGUUCCUACUUACAUAGAGAAAAGUUGAGUGAUUUUUAUCAAAAAGCCUCACCAAAUGAUGUUCUAACUGAAAAUUCUCUGAAGGCUUCAACUGAUCCUGGACUAUCUGACCAGAAUAGGAGACCCACAGUCUCAUGUGGUUCCUACUCACAUAAGGAGAAACGUAAGAUUUCAGCUGCAGAUCUGCUGGAUGACCAGAAGAUUGAGUUGCCAACAGUUACUCAUAGGUCCUGCCUACAUAGAGAGAAGCCUGCAGCUUCAUCUGUGAUUGGACCAGAUGAUCAAAAGACUCCAUUACCAACAGCUUUUCGUGGUUCCUGUCCUCAAAAAGUAAAACCUGCUAUUUUUGUUCAAAAGCAGUUAACAGAUAGAGAUCAAAGUGAAGAUAUUCCGAAGAUUUUAACUGUCUCAGAACCAACAGUUGUAAGCACAGGUGUACCAGUACCUCUGCCUGGUUCUUAUUCACACAGAGAGAAAUUGGAUUCAUCCUGUGGAUACCCCCAGGAACUGCCAGACAGACAUCUAACUGAAGAUGCUCUGAAGGUUUCAAGUUGUCUUGGUCAAGCUGACCAGAUUUCUGAUUUACCUACAUUUUCUUCUGGUACUUAUUCACACAGUGAAAAGCACCGACUUGUCUCAGAACAUGCCCAAAAGCUGAUAGAUAAUUUGAAUUCUCCUGAGUCUUGUUCUCUCAUUGCAAACAGUAUGCCUUUAAAUUCUCAGAUUGAUGACGGAGUUAUCAUAUGUAAGCCAGAAUCUUCAGGUUUUGGUGAUGUUGGCUGUGAGGAAAUCCGGGAUAUAGAUCAUGGUUCUAAAACUCUUAAAGAAAUUCAGACUCUUUUAAUGGAAGCAGAAAAUAUAGCACUGAAACGCUGCAAUUUCCCUGCUCCCUUGGUUCCUUUCAGAGAUGUUAACGAUGUUUCAUUUAUACAGUCAAAGAAGAUGGUUUGCUUCAGAGAACCCUCCACAACUGAUGUUUGUACCCAGAGGGAGCCAUUUAUGGAGGAGAUCCCUCACAUUGAGUGUGCACAGAAGGACAUUGGCACACAGACAAAUUUCAGUUGCCAGAGGGGUGUUGAAAAUUGGGAGUUUAUUCGUUCAACUACGUUUAGAAGUCCUCUACAGGAAGCAGAAGGCUCAACGAGGGUGGCAUUUGAUGGAACUUUCAGGCAGGUGGACGCUUCCAGGUCUGUAAUGAGGUCUGAACCUGAAGGUUGCAGUACAGGCAUUGGGAAUAAAAUUAUUAUCCCUAUGAUGACAUUCGUAAAGAGUGACUCAAGCAGUGAAGUAAGUGAUGGCUGCUGCUCAUGGGACAGUAAUUUACCCGAGUCUUUGGAGUCUGUUUCUGAUGUUUUUCUAAACUUCUUUCCAUAUACUUCACCCAAGACUAGCAUAACAGAUAGCCGCGAGGAGGAGGGAUUGUCAGAGAGCGAGGAUGGCUGUGGUAGUGUAGACUCCUUGGCUGCACAUGUGAAGUACCUUCUGCAGUGUGAAUCCUCAUUGAAUCAAGCCAAACAGAUACUUAAAAAGGCAGAGGAAGAGGAGUGUCGGGUCCGAGCCCAAGCCUUGAAUCUAAAGUUUAAUUUAGGACAUGACUAUGGAUACUCCAUUUCAGAAUUAAAUGAAGAUGACAGGAGGAAAGUAGAAGAGAUAAAGGCGAAGUUGUUUGGUUAUGGAAGAGCAACUCGCAUGUCUGAGGGCUUGCAGAGUCCACGGGGAAUAGGAUGUGUGCCUGAAGCUGUAUGCAGUCACAUUGUUAUUGAGAGUCAUGAGAAAGGAUGUUUCAGGACUCUUACUGCUGAGCGACCACGACCAGACAGCCGCCAUGGUGUUUUCCGACCUGUUGAACCUUCAGAUUUGAUUAGAGGACAACGGAGCCCAUCAUCAAGGAGAGGCAGGCACAUCAACCUUUCCAGAUCGAUAGAUCAGAGCAAUACCCGUUUCAAAGUCUGGAAUUCCUUUCAGUUACAGAGUCAUCCCCCAUUUCAAAAACUUGCACCUGAUGACAUCAAAAUUAGCAAGGGUGUUGGAAUGCCAUUCCAUGCAAACAUGGACCCUCAGCCAUUGGGAUUAGUAGAGCCUACUUGUGUGGCAUCUAAAGAAAUGGAUUUUCUUUCCUCGUCACAAAUACUGCCCCCUGAACCCACGGAGGAGUUCACUACCUCCGUCACUUUUUCUUCUCACCAACCCUCUAAGUACAUUUCUGAUUCCUCUGUUGUUAAGGUUGGUGUUACUGAAGGUAGCCAGUAUACUGGACCAUCUUUAGGAGUGUUUAAGUCUCAUAUCUCUGAAGAGCAGAUUUCUCUUAGAGAUCUUAAACAGAAAACCUCUUCCCCUUCAUCACUUAAAAGGCAUAGUCAUUCACCAGUGACUGUUUUAGCAGAGGGUAGUAAGCAAAGGCAAAAAUUACUUCUUGAUUUUCAGCAUUCUCAUCAAAAACGAAAACUUUUAGAAAGAUCAGAGUUUAAAGCCAGUCCUUCUGAACCCAGUGUCAGUCCAAACUAUAGCACUUUCAAGGGAAUUCAGUUUUCUGGUAAGGAUACCAUUAUUAACCCAGACGAACUAAAUACUACACUUGAUGUAAAAGAGAAGAAUGUAACUGUAGCUCCUGAUCUACCUUCUUGUAUUUUCCUUGAACAACGAGAGCUCUUUGAACAAAGCCACACUCCACAUACAGAUCACCAGAUGAGGAAAUACUCUUCUCCAUUUUGUCCAGACAUUGCUUCUUGUAUUUUUCUUGAAAAGAGAGAAUUCUUUGAGCAAAGCCAAGCCCCACAUGUAGAUAGUGAAAACAGAGAAGACCAUUCUUUCUUUCCUAAGUGCCAGGAUUAUAUAAUUGCAGAUCUUCCUUCUCCCGACUUUCUUGAUGAGCAGGAAUGCAAAUCCCCAGAUGUAGACGACCACAUGAGAAAACAGCCAUUCCCUCUUUCUCAAGGUGAGGAUUGUGUAGUAAAAAAGACUCAGCAUAUACCUCAGUCACAGUUUUCUAAUAUGAUAAAUGUUGAAGCCAAGUUCAGUAAUUUGAUCUCCCAGUCAGCCCCUGACCACUGUACAUCUGCAUCUAUUCCACCUCCAAAUAGGAAAGCACUUUCAUGUCUUCGUAUAACUCUUUGUCCCAAGACUUCUUCCAAGUUGGAUAGUGGAACCUUAGAUAAAAGGUUUCAUUCAUUGGAUCCUGCUUCUAAAACAAGAAUUAAUAGUGAGUUUGACUUUGAUCUUCGAACUGUAUCUUCAAGGUCAUUGGAACCAACCUCCAAAUUACUGACCUGUAAACCUGUAGCACAGGAUCAAGAAUCUUUAGGUUUUCUAGGACAUAACUCUCCACUGGACUUGCAAGUUGCACAGUCUUCUCUUCCAGAUAGUGAGACUAUUUCUCAGGACUUGAAAACCAAACCUACUCAGAAUAGCCAGAUAGUAACGUCAAGGCAAACACAAGUGAACAUUUCAGAUUUGGAAGGAUAUUCCAAACCAGAGGGGACUCCAGUAUCUGCAGAUGGUUUACAAGAACAGAAUCAGGCUCCCUUUCCUACAUCCUCUGACAAGUUAUCAUCUGAUGCAGUCACUCAGAUAACUACAGAAAGUCCAGAAAAGACCACGUUUUCUUCUGAAAUUUUUAUUAAUGUUGAUGAUUAUGGACAGGAAGCUUUGGGCUCCAUGGGUCAAAAGCCACCCAAGUUUGCCUCAUCAUCUUCGAUGCAAGAAAUCACAUCUUCUCUUGGCAAAGACACCCAGCCUGUACUGUUGCCAUAUAAGCCAUCGGGAAGUUCAACGAUGUACUAUGUUCCACAAUUAAAACCAGUUCCUUCAGAUCUGGAUUCCAAAUCAGAUACCACUGUUGAGAGCUCACAUUCAGGAUCCAAUGAUGCUAUUGCCCCAGACUUUCCACCUCAAGUGCUAGGCACAAGAGAUGACAACCUUUCCGCCACUGUGAACAUUAAGCAUACAGAAGGAAUCUAUAGUAAGAGGGCCGCAACAAAGGGGGAAAAGCCCCCUCAGAAAGAUAAUGCAGAGGCCCCAGUUCAAGUGCCCGUCAUUGGGGAUCAGAAUGUCUCAGACGAAAAACAGAAAGAGAUCAUCAGUAGACCGGUUGUGACCAAGAUGGCAUGGCCUGAAGAAAGAAGUUCCUUGCAGGACACUGCAGGUUCCAGUGAUACCAUUGUACAAGACAGAAAAACUGAAAACCUCUCCAAUUCUAAAUCCAUCAUACAGAAGGAGGAGAUCCAUGUUAAAAGGACCAUCCCUCAGGAGCUCUGCCCAGAGAAAGAAGGAUCCUUAGAGAUAGGUAUUUCAGAGUCUGAAUGCCGUUCUGCAUUUGAAAACACCACACACUCUGUCUUCAGGUCAGCUAAAUUUUAUUUUCAUCAUCCUGUGCACCUGCCCCAUGAGCAAGAUUUCUGCCCCGAGUCUUUGGGAAGGAGUGUUUUCAUGCAGCAUUCUUGGAAGGAUUUCUUUCACCAUCAUUCAAAGCACAGCUGCCUCCCUCCCCCUGGAACAAGUGCGGACAAGGCCAAGAUGGAUUACACCAGAAUUAAGAGCCUCAGCAUCAAUUUGAAUUUGGGAGACAAUGAGAAGACGAAUACUGUCAAGAAUCAGGCCAGAGACCCAAAAGGCAAAAGACAGACAAAUGACCCAAAAAAGGAUCAGAGGGUCACCCCAGAGCUAGCAGCACGGUGCACUGUGAGUUUGAAUGAACUCUGGAAUAAGUACCAGGAGCGACAGAAGCAGCAGAAACCGCCUGGUGUUUGUGAAAAGAAAGAACUGUCUUUGGUGGAACGACUUGAUCGUUUGGCUAAACUGCUUCAGAAUCCCAUCACACAUUCACUCCAGGCCUCAGAAAGUACCCAAGAUGAUAGCAGAGGGGGACGGGGUGUGAGGGGUUGGACCGGGAGGAGGCGGCAUCAGCAUAAAGGCAAGCUGCAGAGGAAGCCGUGCAAGAGCCUAGAGAGGGGUCACAGUGGGAAAUCCAAUCAGAUUAAAAUUGAGCAGUUUAAAUUAGAUAAAUACAUCCUGAGAAAACGACCGGAUUUUAAUUAUGUCAGCAAUACCUCCUCAGAUUCUAGACCCACAGAUGAAAGUGAGCUGCUCACAGAUAGUCCCAACAUUUUCUCCAGCACUACUUCUCCUAUGGACUCAGAUGUAUGGACUCAGACUGACAGGGAUGUGACUUUAAAUGACAGGAGUAGCUCCAUAUCCACCAUCGACACGGCCCGACUGGUCCAAGCUUUUGGCCAUGAAAAACUGUGUUUGUCACCCAGGCGAAUUAAAUUAUACAGCAGUGUCACCAAUCAGCAGAGGAGAUUUCUGGAGAAGCGGUAUAAGCACGGCAAGAAGGCACUGAGCACAGGCUGUCCCCAAAUGACUUCUGAGUACUCCAGAAGGAGGCACAUCCAGGUGGCAAACGAGAUUUCCUCUGACUCCGGCUCAUCUGCUGGUAGUUUCUUGAGCUUGGCUUCUACUCUUUACAACGAGGAAAGUGUGCAUACGUUGAACAAGGGUGUACAAGCUGGUAACUUGGAGAUUGUGACCAGUGUCAAAAAAUACACUCGUGAUGUUGGGGUGACUUUCCCAACUCCCAGUCCUAGUGAAGCCAGAUUGGAAGAGGACAGUGAUGUGACUUCUUGGUCAGAAGAAAAAGCCAAAGAGAAAAAGUUCCUUACCAAUUAUCUUCGGGACAAAAACUUAAGGAAGAACAAGCCAAAUUCCUGUGAAGGUGUCGCAUGGUUUGUUCCUGUGGAAAAUAGAAAGUCUGGAUCUAAGAAGGAAAACCUGCCCAAGAUUUAUGGCCCUGGUAUCUCCUGGUUUGAACCAGUAACCAAAACCAAACCCUGGAGAGAGCCCCUGAGGGAACAAAACUGGCAGGAGCAGUGCAUGGGCAGUCGUGGGUCCCUGAGAGGCCCAGGUGGAGAUGGUGCCCGGGCUCCUCUCAGGCCAUUUGUGAGAGCAACCCUGCAGGAAUCUCUUGAGCUUCACAGACCUGAUUUCAUCUCCCGUUCUGGGGAGCGGAUAAAGCGCCUGAAGCUACUAGUCCAGGAGAGGAAGCUACAGAGCUUGUUCCAGAGUGAGCGGGAGGCUCUGUUCAAUGCGGUGCGGCCCUUGCCUAGGAGAGCCCUCCUGACUGCCCAGAAGAACAAGCCUAUUGGAAAGAAGGAAAUGAUCCAGAGGACCAGACGGAUUUAUGAGCGGCUUCCAGAAGUGAAGAAGAAGAGAGAAGAGGAGAAGAGGAAAUCAGAAUAUAAAUCAUACCGACUGCGAGCUCAGCACUUUAAAACGAAAGUGACCAACCAGCUCCUGGGGAGAAAAGUGCCUUGGGACUGACAUAAGACUACUUUCCUCAGAGCCUAGGAAUACUUUUUUUAUAAGCCUAAAGAAGCCUAAUUUAUUCUUUAAUGAGUGAUUUAAUAAAGCUUUC